AUGUCAGGUUCGGCCGCUAUCUAUGCUGCUGCCUUUGAUAAGCGUGCCAGAGCUGCUGUUCCAAGUUCCUUUUGUAUCGGAGGAGGUCAAAAUUGCGAGCCAAUGGCUUUCAUCGAUAGGAUUGCCCCGACUCUAUUCCUUAUGGUUGUCUCAGACAAUGAUGUGGAGGCUGUCACCGCUGCUCAGCUCAGGCAUACGCAUCAGCGUACGAGCCCAAGCGCAUUGCUGUCCUAUGUGAUGCAGACCAUUUCAAGCCUUACUUUGGCCCUACCUUUGAGGAAAACAUCAAUGCCCAACUAA